AUGGCGGAUGCGGCUGCUAGGCAGCUGCAAUACGAGUACAAAGCUAACUCAAACCUCGUAUUACAAGCUGAUGUUCGUCUUAUUGAACGUCGUGGUCGCGAUGAGGCGACCGGUGAAGUAUUGUCAUUAUCUGGGAAGUUAACUGGGACGCGUAUGGGAGAUAGGGCGCAAAGAACAAAACCAGAUAAAGCUGAAGAAAGGAAGGCUAAACGUCAAAAGCGAGAUGAAGCUUCCUAUGAGUUAUCCAAAUCAAAGUCCAAAGUGGCAUGGGCAGAUGAUACCCCAGCAGGUGUAUUGUACAGACCAAGAGCCCAACACACCAGGCAUGCAUAUGAACUGCUGUUAUCAUUCAUGCAAGGAUCGUUGGGUGAUCAACCGAGAGAUAUAUUGUGUGGAGCUUGUGAUGAGGUAUUAGUGGUUCUCAAGAAUGACAAACUAAAGGACCCUGAACGGAAGAAGGAAAUUGAAAUGCUCCUGGGACCCAUUCCAGAUGAAAGAUUUGCAUUAUUAGUUAAUUUAGGUAAGAAAAUUACAGACUUCACAAUCAGUACAUCGGGUGAAGGUAACAGUGAAAUAGAUGAGACAUACGGCAUCAAUGUGCAGUUUGAAGAAUCCUCUGAAGAAGAUGAUGAAGAUGCGUAUGGAGAGGUCCAUGACGAAGAGAAGGAAGAUGGUGAUGUGUCAGAGGCAGAAGGUGGAAAGGAGAGUUCCGGAGAGGACAGUGACGGAGAAGGGAAGAAGAAUGCUAUACAUGCUAAUUUAUCAGAAGAGCAGUCGGCUAUGAACAAGCGACGUGAUACGGUUUUGCACGCGAUGGACAUAGAUGCCUACUGGCUACAGAGGAGACUGUCCCGCCAUUUUCCGGAUGCGAUGGUUUCUCAGGCAAAAUCAUCAGAAGUUCUAAAAGCAUUAGCGGAGGCAGCGGAUGACAGGGACCUGGAGAACAGGCUUGUGCUGCUGCUCGGCUAUGACUGCUUUGACCUGGUGAAAGUUCUCAACAAGUAUAGAUAUACUGUGCUGUACUGCACGCGGCUGGCGGCGUCGCAGUCGGAGAGCGAGCGCGCCGCCAUCCGCGAGGAGAUGUCGCGCGCGCCGCGCCUGCAGCGCGUGCUGGCGCAGCUCGACACCGGCCGCGGCGACGACGACGCGCCCCCAGACGCGACGUCAGAACAGUCAGAACAACCCCGCAAGCGUCACAAGCCAGGUCAAGAGCAGCCCAACUGGGGUGGCAAUGUCAGUGGCAACAGGAAGAUGCUGCAGCUCGAGGAGCUGGUCUUCGCGGCAGGCUCGCACCUGAUGGCCAACAAGCGGUGUCAGCUGCCUCCUGGCUCGUUCAGGAAACAGAGGAAAGGCUACGAAGAAGUGCACGUGCCUGCCCUCAAACCCAAGCCGUUCGAGGACAAUGAGACAUUAGUCCCUAUAGAGAAGCUGCCCAAGUACGUGCAACCAGCUUUUGAGGGAUUUAAGACUUUGAAUAGGAUUCAGAGCCGCAUCUGCCCGGCGGCGCUGGAGUCGGACGAGAACCUGCUGGUGUGCGCGCCCACGGGCGCCGGCAAGACCAACGUGGCGCUGCUGUGCGCGCUGCGCGAGCUCGGCCGCCACGUCAACGCCGACGGCUCCGUCAACGCGCACGACUUCAAGAUCAUCUACGUGGCGCCCAUGCGCUCGCUCGUGCAGGAGAUGGUGGGCAACUUCAGCAAACGCCUGGCUGCCUACAACAUUAAGGUGUCAGAGCUGACCGGAGACCACCAGCUCACCAGGGAACAGAUUGAUGCCACACAACUCAUUGUGUGCACACCGGAGAAGUGGGAUAUUGUUACACGGAAAGGUGGCGAGAGGUCGUUCACGAACCUGGUGCGGCUCAUCAUCAUCGACGAGAUCCACCUCCUGCACGACGAGCGCGGGCCGGUGCUGGAGGCGCUGGUGGCGCGCACGCUGCGCACCGUCGAGCACACGCAGGAGCAGGUGCGUCUGGUGGGACUCUCAGCUACACUCCCCAACUACACGGACGUGGCCGCCUUUUUGAGAGUCAAACCGGAGAAGGGACUGUUCUAUUUCGAUAACUCGUUCAGACCGGUAGCCCUGGAGCAGCAGUAUAUAGGUGUGACGGAGAAGAAGGCGCUUAAGAGGUUCCAGGUGAUGAACGACAUCGUGUACGAGAAGGCGAUGGAACAUGCUGGAAGGAAUCAGAUCUUGGUGUUCGUUCACUCCCGCAAGGAGACGGGCAAGACGGCGCGCGCCAUACGCGACAUGUGCCUCGAGAAGGACACGCUCGGACAGUUUUUGAGAGAGGGCUCGGCUAGUGUAGAAGUGCUAAGAACAGAAGCGGAGCAGGUGAAGAACCCCGAGCUCCGGGAGCUGCUGCCGUACGGCUUCGCCAUCCACCACGCCGGCAUGAGCCGCGUGGACAGGACCCUGGUCGAGGACUUGUUCGCUGAUAGGCAUAUACAGGUGCUGGUGUCGACGGCGACGCUGGCGUGGGGCGUGAACCUGCCGGCGCACACGGUGGUGGUGAAGGGCACGCAGGUGUACGCGCCCGAGCGCGGGCGCUGGGCGGAGCUGGGCGCGCUCGACGUGCUGCAGAUGCUGGGCCGCGCCGGCCGCCCGCAGUACGACACCAAGGGGGAGGGUAUCCUCAUAACGAACCACUCCGAGCUGCAGUACUACCUCUCCCUCCUCAACCAGCAACUGCCCAUAGAGUCCCAGCUCAUUAGCAAGCUGCCGGACACUCUCAAUGCGGAGAUAGUCCUGGGUUCAGUGCAGAGUGUACGCGAUGCUGUCACUUGGUUGGGUUAUACAUAUCUGUACAUAAGGAUGCUGCGUCAGCCAGCACUGUAUGGAAUUUCCCCGGAGAAGUUACAAGAGGACCCACUUUUGGAGCUGCAUAGAGCUGAUCUCGUCCAUACUGCCGCGUGUUUGUUGGAUAAGGCGGGGCUCAUCAAGUACGAGCGCAAGUCGGGGCACUUCCAGGCCACGGAGCUGGGCCGCAUCGCGUCGCACUACUACUGCACGCACGAGACCAUGCAGACCUACAACCAGCUGCUGAAGCCCACGCUGGCCGAGAUCGAGCUGUUCCGCGUGUUCAGCCUCUCCUCCGAGUUCAAGCACAUUGCCGUGCGCGACGAGGAGAAGCUGGAGCUGCACAAGCUCAUGGAGAGGGUGCCGAUCCCAAUAAAGGAGAGCAUAGAGGAGCCCUCCGCGAAGAUCAACGUGCUGCUGCAGGCGUACAUCUCGCAGCUGAAGCUGGAGGGGUUCGCGCUGAUGGCCGACAUGGUGUACGUCACGCAGUCCGCCUGCCGGCUGCUCAGGGCUAUAUUCGAGAUUGUUCUGCACAGGGGCUGGGCUCAGCUAGUGGACAAAACGCUGGCGCUGUGCAAGAUGGUGGACCGCCGCAUGUGGCAGUCCAUGUCGCCGUUGAGGCAGUUCAGAAAAAUGCCGGAAGAGGUAAUAAAGAAGCUGGAAAAGAAGAACUUCCCGUGGGAGAAGCUGUACGAGCUGGGGCCCAACGAGAUCGGCGAGCUGGUGAGGGCCCCGAAGCUGGGCAAGAUGAUCCACAAGUACGUGCACCAGUUCCCCAAGCUGGAGCUCAGCACGCACAUCCAGCCCGUCACGCGCUCCACGCUCCGCGUCGAGCUCACCAUCACGCCCGACUUCCAGUGGGAUGAGAAGGUCCACGGCCAAUCAGAAGCCUUUUGGAUUCUAGUGGAAGAUGUCGACUCAGAGGUGAUCCUCCACCACGAGUACUUCUUGCUGAAGCAGAAGUACUGCAGAGACGAGCACCAUGUGAAGCUGUUCGUGCCGGUCUUCGAACCGCUGCCUCCUCAGUACUUCUUGAGAGUGGUCUCUGAUAGAUGGAUAGCAGCAGAGACCCAGCUGCCGGUCUCGUUCAGACACCUGAUCCUGCCGGAGAAGAACUUGCCGCCCACGGAACUCCUCGACCUCCAGCCCCUGCCAAUAUCGGCGCUGCGGAACGCCAAAUACGAGGAGCUGUACGCCGAUGUGUUCCCUCAGUUCAAUCCAGUGCAGACGCAGGUGUUCAACGCGGUGUACAACUCGGACGACAACGUGUUCGUGGGCGCGCCGGCGGGCUCGGGCAAGUCCGUGGUGGCGGAGCUGGCGCUGCUGCGGCUGCUGGCCACCGCCGGCGCCGCCGCGCGCGCCGUGUACGUGCUGCCCAAGGACGCGCUGGCCGACAUCGUCUUCGCCGACUGGUACCAUAAGUUUGGCACCAGGUUCAAUUUGAAGGUCGUGCAACUGACCGGUGAGACGGCAACAGACCACAAGCUUCUGAACAAGGGGCAGAUCAUCAUCACGACGGCGGAGAAGUGGGAUGUUCUUUCUAGAAGAUGGAAGGUGCGCAAGAGCGUGCAGAGCGUGUCGCUGUUCAUCGUGGACGCGCUGCAGCUGCUGGGCGGCGAGGAGGGGCCCGUGCUCGAGGUGGUGUGCUCGCGCAUGCGCUACAUCGCCUCGCAGAUCGGGCGCCCCAUCCGCAUAGUGGCGCUGUCGCUGCCGCUGGCGGACGCGCGCGACGUGUGGCAGUGGCUCGGCUGCAACGCCAACUGCGCCUUCAACUUCCACCCGAGCGUGCGCCCCCUGCCGCUGGAGCUCCACGUGCAGGGCUUCAACAUCUCGCACGCGGCGUCGCGGCUGGCGGCCAUGACGAAGCCCAUCUACAGCGCGGUGGUGCGGCACGCGGGCGCGCGCCCCGCCGCCGUGUUCGUGCCGUCGCGCCGCCACGCGCGCCUGCUGGCCGCCGACCUGCUGGCGCUGGCCGCCGCCGCCGGCGCGCCCGCCCGCUUCCUGCGCGCCAAGCCGGACCACGUGCGCCCCUUCCUCGACAAGAUACAGGACAAGAUGCUCCGCGAGACGCUGUCGCUGGGCGUGGCGUACCUGCACUCGGGCGUGGCGAGCGGCGACCGGCGCGCGGCGCAGCAGCUGCUGGAGUCGGGCGCGGCGCAGCUGUGCGUGGUGGCCGCCGAGCUGGCCUUCGCCUUCGCCGCGCACGUGCACACCGUCAUCGUCGCCGACACACACGUGUACAACGGCAAGCUGCACAGCUACGAGCAGUACCCGAUCACGACGGUGCAGCAGAUGCUGGGGCGCGCGUGCCGCCCGCUGCAGGACGAGCACGCCGUGGCCGUGCUCAUGUGCGCGCAGCACCACAAGACCUUCUUCACCAAGCUGCUUAACGACUGUCUGCCGCUCGAGAGUCACUUGGACCACCGUCUCCACGACCACAUGAAUGCAGAGAUAGUGACCAAGACCAUCGAGAACAAGCAGGAUGCUGUGGACUAUCUCACGUGGACCUUCCUCUACCGACGUCUGACACAGAACCCCAAUUAUUAUAAUCUGCAAGGCGUUACUCACAGACAUCUGUCAGACCACCUGUCAGAGCUGGUGGAGACGACGCUGUCGGACCUGGAGCAGUCCAAGUGCAUAGCCAUAGAGGAUGACAUGGACGUGCAGCCCCUCAACUUGGGCAUGAUCGCCUCAUACUACUACAUCAACUAUACUACUAUUGAAUUAUUCAGUUUAUCAUUGACAUCAAAGACCAAGAUCCGCGGUCUGCUGGAGAUCAUCUCGUCCGCUGCGGAGUACUCGGAUCUCUGCAUCAGGCAUCGGGAGGAGAACAUCAUAAAGAAUCUAGCAGCCAAGGUGCCGCACAAGCCGACGUCGGCCAAGUUCAACGAGCCGCACGUGAAGGCGCACGUGCUGCUGCAGGCGCACCUGUCGCGCGCGCAGCUGCCCGCCGAGCUGCAGGCAGACACGCAGCUCGUGCUCACCAAGGCGAUCCGGCUGAUCCAGGCGUGCGUGGACGUGGUGUCGAGUAGCGGCUGGCUGUCGCCGGCCGUGGCGGCCAUGGAGCUGGCGCAGAUGGUGACGCAGGCCAUGUGGGCCAAGGACUCGUACCUGCGCCAGCUGCCGCACUUUACGCCGGAACUGGUGCAGCGCUGCGCCGACAAGGGCGUGGAGACGGUGUUCGACGUGAUGGAGCUGGAGGACUCGGCGCGCGCCAAGCUGCUGCAGCUGUCGCCGGCGGAGAUGGCGGACGUGGCCAGGUUCUGCAACCGGUACCCCAACGUGGAGCUCACUUAUCAGGUGAUGAACGAGCGCCGCCUGCGCGCCGGCAAGCCCAUCGUGGUGGAGGUGUCCCUCGAGAGGGAGGACGAGAUCGUGGGACCCGUCAUCGCGCCAUUUUUCCCGCAGAAACGCGAAGAAGGCUGGUGGGUGGUCAUCGGAGACCCAAAAACCAACACACUCCUAUCAAUCAAGCGGGUUUCCCUAGGAAGGUCAGCCAAAGUCCGGCUGGAUUUCGUCUGCGGGUCUCCUGGAAGGCACACCUACACCCUCUACUUCAUGUCAGACGCAUACCUCGGCGCUGAUCAGGAGUACAAGUUCAACGUGGAAGUUGAAGAAGCUGCCUCCGAGUCAAGUGACUCGGAC